UGAAUCCACUCUUCACUCUUUCGAGGAGUUGUUUGGACUUUUUUGCCAGCAGUAACAGAAAUCUGCAGAUGUGUUUGGUGUUCAAAGACAAAACUUCCAACAAAAGUGGAUAGUUUUUGUCAAAAAAACAAUAAUUUUAGAAAUGUUAACCACACAUUUGAAUAAACGUUGCACAUCCACACCGACUGUUGACUUCAGUGUCUCGUCACUUUCUCCAGACAUGAUUCAUCACAGAAAAUAGAAUUUUUAGAAUUUAAGUUAUAAUAAAAUAAAGACAAAUAUUUAAACUUUGUCAGAGAGCAGAUUUUGACAUAGAAAGACUAGACUACAUAGAAAGGGUGGGGCUCAGUGCUACCAAAAAGAGGCCAAGUUCAGAAUUUUAAAAAGAGAGAACGCAGAACUGUCAGAACAGGCUCUACAAGGGGGGUUGAGUUGUACGACUGAAUGCUCUCCUCCCCUCAGGUACCAACUUUCAGACGGUGCAGCCCUCAGAGAGGAGGGGCAGCCUGAGCGCUCUGGGCAGAGACACGGCCCUGCUACUCUCUGACCUCACCCAGGGCGCCUCCAAGUGGAUCCAGUCCUUCCUGGACCCCAACCGCAGCUCGGGGGUCAAGCGUUCCCAGUCCACCCCACAGAUGAGGUCCGAGACCCGCUGGACGCCCACUCACACCCCUCUGCCAGACCACGAACACCACGUCAGCUACCCAGAGGGCUUUGAGCCCCUGCGCUCGCAGAACUUGGCUUUCAUCCCCCCGACGUUGUCCCCCAUCUUCAGGAAUCCGUUUGUGUCGCCACUGCUGGCCCCGCCCAGCCUUCUAAAAGGCCUGCCCCCCAUCCACAUUGUGGCCUCAGCUCUGGACGCUCUGCUGGACGACUCUGUGACGUUCGCCAAGAAGCUUCGAGGGCUGGGCCAGCCGGUGAGCCUGACGGUGGUGGAGGACCUUCCCCACGGCUUCCUCAGCCUCUCUCACAUCUGCAAAGAGACGCAGUUUGCUGCCGACAUCUGCGUGUCCCGAAUCAGAGAGGUCUUUGAGCAGGAGAAAGCCACAAUCACCCAUCACAAAACGACCACGCUGCAAGACGGUCCACAGAGCACCUUUUCCUGAUGCUGAGAAAAGACAUUAAUUUCUGAAAAUCUUCAGGUCGUUAUCCUCAAAGUCAGAAAAAAACAUCCCCAUGGUUUUAUUACUUUCAUAGCAGCGUGUCAACCACUACUGAGGCUAACUUGAACAUUUAAAAAAAACUUUCAUUUCAAAAGAGGAGACUUUUUGGCCUUCGCUGCACUUUAAACCCGUCCUGCUCAGCCCUUUCUGGAGGCGACAGCGUUCCAGAGAACCGGCUUGAGGACCUUAACGCUCACAGAACCGCUCCAAUCUCCUCGUCACCGCAGACACCCGUAAGCCGACCGCAGGGUUUCAUUAAAGCAGGAACCACACUCCAUCAUUCACUCCAUGCUGUUAUUUAUUACCUGAUAAACCAGUUUGUUACAUAUUUACCGCUAACUGACAGAGGCCUUCAGCUUGUGUUCACCAGCAGCUUGAGGGUGUGAGCCUAAAGGAACUGUCUGUAAAAGUAAAUGCUUCAGCCUUUACCUGCAUUAGAUCAAGAGCACAAAUGUUGUUUACGUUCAUUUUAUUCUGAAAAGCAAAUGGGAAGUGUUAUAGUGUUUUGUCAGAGCACCUUGUUGUUUGCUUGUUAGAGUUAAAGCAAUGGUUAAGAUGAAUUUUGUUCUUUCUUAUCCCACUGAUUUACCUUUGAUAUUAGCAGACAGAGAGGGGAAGCAAAUCAGCGUAACACCAAAGCUGACCCACUGCAAGAUUUUCCCACUUUAUAAACCAAUGAAACUAUUCUAAAACUUUGCUCUCAGCUUUAAUUAAUACAUUAAUGAUUGUAUUCGUCUCUUGCAUUCCUAAAAUUGUCAACUUGAAUAAGAUUAAAUCUGCAAUCAAAGAAUAA